AUGGCUGAUCAACGUAAUUGCGCUCGACAACAUCAAUAUCACAGACAUGCAAUUCGAUCAGCAAAAAGAGUAAAUCAAACAUUAUCACAUUCUCCUGAACGUACCCGAUCAUCUGCUCGCUCUUGGAGAAGGCAGGAACUGGUUGCUACUGGAGCUGAUUCGGAUUACUCAGAUGUAUAUGAUGAGAAUUCGUAUGAGACAAAUGUUGAUUAUUCAUAUUCGAAGCCCGUUCAGAGUGUCUGCUAUGGAAAAUAUAAAAAAGACGCCGUACGCCACGCUAUUGACUCUGACGAUGCUGUUCUCCUACAUGCAAUUAUGCAAGAACGGAAAGUGAACGCUCGGCAACGGCAGUAUCCUCAAAAACGAUACCGUUUAAGAAAGAGACGCAACAGACAUACAAUGCUCACCCAUGCCAUAGACCGUGAAGAGUCAGAUUGCGCUCAUAUUAUACUUAAUAACAUCUUUCAUGGUUAUGUGUAUCGUACCAUUAUUGAGCACGUUUGUUCUAAUGGUAGAACGGCUCUGUGGUGUGCUUCUCGCAAAGGAGAUCUUCGUCUAGUCAAACAGCUCGUUCAACGUGGUCAUGCGAAUGUCAACAAAUGUGGCGUUCUCAUUGUUGCUGCACAGCAUGGCCAUAAAUAUAUCAUUCAUUAUCUUCUUCGAAAAGGUUGUGAUCCGAAUCAACAAGCAAGAAACUAUAAUGAACUAGCAUUGCACGCCGCCACCCGUCGUAAUCAUCUCGAUAUUGUCAAAGUACUUCUUCAGUACGGUGCUGAUCCAUUACUCGUUGAUUACAAACAAAGAACCGCUCUCGAUUAUGCAAUACACAAAAGAUACAACCACAUCGCUGAAAUUCUCAUCAAUCAUCAACAUGAUCGUUUUCCAAUGGCUCGGACAGGUUUCACUGCUCUGAUGUUAGCAGAUUAUUGCAAUAACACACCAAUAAAGGAGAUGCUAAUACGGAUAUUACCUGAAAAGCAAGUUGUGGAUGAACUAGCUCUCGUUGCGUGUCACUAUAUCAUUGAUGGAAAUCAGAAGAAGCGUCGUACAGCAUACAGCUACUUGGAAAGAGCUUUGAGCAAAAGAAUACUAACGGACAAUGGUUCAACACGUGAAACACUCGACGAGCUUGCUUUGAUCCGAGAUGACGAUAGUAAACUACGAGCAUUCGCACUGAUGAUGAGUGAACGAGUUUCAGCGGAAAAUGGUGAAAAAAAUCAUCUGAUGCCACUGCUGAGAAAGCAAGAUAAUUUGUAUCGGUGGAAAAAGCAAUAUGAUCGCUGUUUGGAAAUUCGCAUGCAUGCGUAUGAGCUACUACUGAAAAAUGAAAGCAAAGGUCGAAAGAACGUGAAAUUGCGUACAGAACAUCUUAUUGGAGUAUUGAACGCUCUAGACAAAAUACUGAAGUCAGAAAAUACUAUUCCAAUGCGGCAUAUGGGCAUCGUCUGGUCAUGGAUGCUCGAUCUAGGAUCAUAUCCAUCACUUCAUAUCCCAUGGAGAUCAUCAUCAAAAGAAAUCAUUUUGGAGGCUCAAGAGAAAUACCGCGGAAGAAGGAUGCGUAGUCGUAGAUGUACUUAUUAUCAAGAUUCACCUUCGCCAUUUCAUCUGCAUUUUCCAGAACAAUCGUCAAUCAGGAGAAGAAAUAAAACGUCGACGGAAAUCGUAUUCAAAUUACUUUUCGUUAUGCUGCACAUGAUUGAUGCAAAAAAAGUCAAUGAACAAGAAGAACACGUUCUCUUGAGUUUCGUUCGCCGAGGUGUACGUUCGAACACUAUUGAAAUUGAUGGUUAUCCAUUGUUCACCUUCUUUGUCAGUUUAAUUCAUUCCGGCUGGGAUGACUGCACAUACAGUAGCAUCACUAUGCCAACGCUAUCUAUUAUCCGAUUAUUAAUCAAUGCUAGAGCCAACGUAGACGAACUUGAGCCACGCACAAAGUCAACACCAUUGCAUCUAAUUGCUUCGAGUGACGAUGUUGAUGCGGCGAUAGCGACUAUCAGAAUUCUACUCGAUGCAAACGCCCAUUUGGAUUAUGUUAAUUAUCAAGGUCUUCGACCAGAAGAUGUAGCAAACAAUUUCGAAAUCAAAGAUUACCUCCGAGUCAAUCGACAAUUGUCACUUAAAUGCCAAUGUGCGCAUUUGAUUGCUAAAAACCGCAUUUGUUACAAAGAUAAUCUUUCAGCAAGACUCAUUCAGUUUGUGCAGAUGCAUGAUAAAACGAUGACUUGA